UUUUCCUCUUCGAGGAUUCAUCCCUGUCGCCCACACAGAGGUAGACUCUCCAUUUGGUGAAGCGGAAGGGAGAUUCCUCUGCUGUACCAAUCAUACACCCCCUCCUCAGUAUGAUGGUGCCGUUACGCACUACUAUAAUAAACGGAGACGUGACUUUCUGGGGCGAAUCCCUGCUGACGUCACUCCCAGACCCAUAUAAAUAUCCCCAGCAGCGCCUCUGAUCUGAUCAAACGAAACCGCUUUUUCGAACUACAACUCCUCAAACCCAAGGAUUAUUGGAUUCCCUUGUUUGGCUCGAAUUUGCAAUCCUCCGUCAAUGACUUUGAACAAGGGCGACAAACUGCGGAUCAUGGACCGGAGAAGAGGAAGCAUGCCGUUCCCCAUGACUCUGCCCAACCUGCACCGGAGAAGCAUGCCUGUGGACGACCGGGACCUGCGCGCCACGACGCCAGAGACCGGGCAGACCGAAGACCUGUCCAACCUCCUGCGCUGCACGUCCUACUCCCCGAACGAGCAGCACCGAGGCAGCUACGCGUCGGACUCCUCCGACUCCGUCAUCUCCACCAGCAGCGAGCCGGAGCCCCCGGUGCACAAGGUGGUUCUCCUCGGGGAGCACGGCGUCGGCAAGUCCAGCCUGGCGCGCGUCUUCGGAGGGGCGGAGGACGCCUGUCACGACUGGGACGAAGCAGGUAACACUUAUGACAGAUCUAUUGUGGUGGAUGAAGAAGAGUCAUCCAUUGUGUUGUAUGACAUCUGGGAACAGGACAACAGCCAGUGGCUGCAGGACCAGUGCAUGAGGAUGGGUGACGCCUACAUCAUCGUGUAUUCAGUGACAGACAAAUCAAGCUUUGAGAAGGCCUCAGAACUGCGUAUUCAGCUGCGCCGGGCCAGGCAGUCCGAGAACAUUCCCAUAAUCCUCGUGGGCAACAAGAGUGACCUGGUGCGGUCCAGAGAGGUGUCUGCAGAUGAGGGAAGCGCCUGCGCGGUGGUAUUCGACUGCAAGUUCAUCGAGACGUCUGCGUCCCUUCACCACAAUGUCCAUGAACUGUUCGAGGGCAUCGUCAGGCAGAUCCGCUUGAGGAAAGACAGCAAGGAGGAGAACGCCCGACGCAUGGCCAACUGCAGGCGCAGAGAGAGCAUCGGCAAGAAGGCCAAGCGCUUUCUGGGCCGCAUGGUUGCACGCAAGAACAAGAAGAUGGCUUUUAGGCAGAAGUCAAAGUCCUGCCAUGACCUAACAGUUCUCUGAGGAGCAGACGGGACAAACGGACAUUUUUUCUUUAACCUUUGAAGACCGGCUGCUGUGUGUGUUUUAACACUAACCCCUAAAAGGACAAAAAAGAGCUGUACAGGAAUAUAUUUUUAUUUUCUAGGCACCAACCAAAUGCAAAGAGCAGACAGAGUUAUUAACAAUGACACUAUUCAAGUCAUAUCAUGACAAUGGUGAUAACCUGCAUGAAGCUUUAUAAACGGUUAUUUUCAUUUUUUUUAUAAUUUCUGUUUGCAUUAAACAUGUUGCUGUCAUAAUAUGGCGUAUGUAUGAAUAAUCCACAAAGGCUUGUUAUUUGUAAAGAGUUGCACAGAUUGCCUUGCUGUUGGGUUAUUGUUGUACUCCUUUAUUGGAGGAGAGUGAUGUAAAUACUAGAACAUAAAUAACGUGCAAUGCAACCUGCGAAUACAUCUCAUUAUCCUAUUAAGACGUGUUAAAAAGAAUCCCAAUACUUGGUCAUCUGGAGUCAUAUUUACUUGAAACGCGGUACGCAGGUUCGUGCCCCGGCCAAGUUAUUGCGGACUAAAGACGCGAGAGAACUGUUUUUCUAUGUUGUUCUAUAACAUUGAAUUCAGAAUGUGAAUGUAUGAGUAAAGCAAUAAGUUAUAUAAGUCUUGUGAACCUCAACAUUGUUUAGAAAUUCUUUGUUUACGUUGAUUUCCUUUUUCAAUGAAAUAAAAACAAAUCCUAAAAAUU